AUGGCGUCAAAUCAGUCGCCGCCCAAUCCGAGCACCUCCAAAUUCGCAGUCGAAUGUCCUCCAGAGAAUCCGAUUGAAUAUAUCGAGUACAACGGAGAAGAACAUCUUGUGCCGUAAGUUGUUUUAUCUUUUAUUCUCUUUGACUUUUAGGUGAAAAUAUAAUACCUGAAUUUAUUACAGACCCCCUCGAUUUGCCGAUUUGAUCACAAAGAAUGCGGAGAAGAUCCAAUGGCGGCAGAUUGUUGGCCAGAUGACUCUUCUGGAUCUGUAUGAUGAUCAAGACAGCGCUGAAGUCAAAGAGGCCAAAAAGAUUCUCCAAACAACCCAAGCAGUCAGAGAUCAAGCCCGGGAAAAGGUUGAACCUGUCGCCGGACCAUGGGCAUCAGUUGCCAAGCUUAUGUAGUAAGUAUUUUUGAUAUCUUUUGUCUUGUCUUUUAGGGGGAAAGUAUAAUUUCAAUUUCAGCCAAUCAUUACAAGAGAUUGAUGUUCUCCUGGAUGUUUUGAGGAUAUCCAGGACACCCUACUUGAAGCCCGAGCAGGUCGCUUCAACUAUGCCUGAAGAUUUGACUGGAGAACAGCUCAAUAAAACCAAAGGGUUCCAUUUGGCGUCAAGACGGAAGGUAUAGAUAAUAUAAUUAUAUUAGGCUAGUCAAGUACAACAUCGAAGUUUUGUACCAUUACUUUUUUAGGCAUUUGACGAGGCCAAGAAGCUCUUAGAGAUGUUUAAACACAACAAUCGAGAUAUUAAUGCGAUGAAUGAGAAGUCACAAUUCUUCGAUGAGCUGAAGAAAAUGAGAGAAAAUUGGAGAAUUCGGAAAGUAAACGAACUCAUAUUUGGAGAUCUUGGAUACAGGUUAUGUAAGCUUCCCUGUUCUUGGUUGUUAUGUCAGUUUAGAUGGCCCAAAGUUUCAACAAUCAGAGGUGUUCGAUAUUUUUUGGAACCCUAAGGUGAAUAACCAAACUGGGAAAGGAUCCGUCCAAAUCCAAGUCCCAAAACAUCUGCAAAGGCGGACAAAACUGUCAGUCAGUGUGAUGGCAGGUGAAGAAGGUUUUCGUAAUUAUUUUACUUUCAAGUUUAGACUCUCAAGAGAACCACGACCUAAUCUUCGCUCAGAAAGAUUUUUCUUAUAAUUUUGAUGACUCCAGUUCUAUGGUUGUUCCAUGGGAAAAUGCUCUGGAAUGGGCACAAGAGAGUCUCAUAUGCAGGGAUAUAUUCAUUCAGGUGAGUUGACCAGGUUUUUUGGUGUGAAAUUUGAGUUUAAAUUAGAUCAUGUCAAGUGUAAUAUAUAAAUUUUUAGUUGACCAAAGAAGCGGUUGCCGAGAAGCAUGUGUGUAUCAUCACAGACAACUCUUUGACCGUCUGUUUGUCCGAUGGAAUGCUCUUGAAGUUCGAAAUGCAUUAUUUCCCAUUCCAGGUACCUAAAAUAAUAUAAAGUUUUUAUUUUUUACCUAUUGUUUUAGGAUGGAGACAUGCCAGAGGUCGGAGAUCCGUAUUUAAAUAUGAGUAUGAGAGAAUUAUUUGUCUCAGAUGUCAUCAAACCCAAAUAUCGCCCUCAAUUGUUUGUUGGAGCCCCAUUAUCAACUCUUCCAGAGGCCCUAGAUCUUCGAGGAGCGCAAGGACUGUCUGCUGAAGAGGUGAGGAGUCUUAUUUGAAUUGGAUUUAUUUGAUUCUUUUAGUUGAUGAUUAUUGUUCGAGGACCUUAUUUUAGGCAUUUGACGAGACUUAUUUUUACUUCUUUUGUAAUAUUGAUGAGAAUUUUGUUUUUGACAUAGAAGGAAGAUAGUAAUACUAUUAUUUUCGGUUUUUUACAAAUUUAUUUCAAGACUAAAUUUAUUUUUAAAGAUUUUUUGGUCAAUGCAUAGUAUAAUGUCCAAAUAUUUUUAGAUAAAAAGCCGCUAUCGUCCCCCUCAGCCGCUCCUGACUCGAAUGAUCCGUCGUUCCGAUCAUUUUAUCCUGAUAGAUCGUGUCACUGAAGUCCUAAAUCGUCAUAUGGUGCUCCGAGAAGACCCAUCGCUAACAUGGAAGUGGCUGAGGUGCACAUCUAUCUUCUCCAUUAUCUCAUGUCAACUCCAAAGCCGUCCGGAUAGUCACAAUCGAUUCAAUUUUAUGAUCCAAAUCGGCUCGAACGAAGUGAUGGUGUUGACCAAAGAAAACAUGGUGAUCCAAUGCUUCAGACAGAUGCCAUUGCUCAGCCAGGCCAUUCAUACUAUGGUGAGAGGGUUUUUUGAUAAGUAUAGAGUUUAGUUGAUGAUUUGAGAGAGAUUUGAAAUUGUUUUAGGCAUCAAGUUGUCAGCUCUACACGACCUCCAACUUUGCCCGCCAAUAUGGAUGGCAAGUUCUGCAUGCCAACAAUAAUGCCUACGGCAAAGAUGGAGUUCCAGCACCCACCUUGUACGCCUGCAAUCAAAGCUGCACAAAGUAAGCGAUUUUGGGACUGGGUAAAAUACUUUUUUACUCUUUGGUUCAAGGAUAAUAUAAAUUUUUGCUUUUCAGGCGGUUGUUCGCCCAAUUUUUCGCCGAUCAUCGCUUACCGAAAGUGUUUCUGAAGUAUGAAGAUUGGCCCAAACCAAAUGAUGACCCAUUAUCAGAUGAACAAAUGUCAUCAGAGGAGUUUUUGUUAUCCUUCAGACCUGUAAAUCUCAACAGAAUACCCGGCUCCAGCUUCAUGAAGAAGAUUGAGUACAUUCUGACCAUGUUCCGCAACUAA